CUUGACUUCUAGCGGAAGGAUACGAGUUUCUGCGUGCGCGCUGCGUGACUUCAGUGCCUGGUGAGCGAGCACGGAGGUGGAAGACUUUUUAACUGCCGUGUGUGAGGAGACGUUAAACUUUAAACGUGUUUUUAAACGGUUUUUAAACAAAAACAGCUUGUAGGACACAUGUAGAAAAAGCGCCGAGAUGUUGUAAUUUUUGUUAACUUGUGUGUGACCUAUUUUCUACCAGACUUUUUCUUCUUUCUUUUUUUUUCUUUUUUUUUGAGAAGUAACCGUCCCGGGAGACAACUCAACUUUGGGGCUGGCGACCUUAUGUGGAUUUUACAGAAAAUAUGGAGCAGAUCCCCGGUGUCUCCUCGGGCAAAUCACUAGUCUUUGUCUUCUGCUUCAUUCACCUCUCUCUCGCUCUACAAUGUAUGGACGAUAAGGCGCCUUGUGUUAACAACGCUACGUGUCUGACCUUUAGCAAUGGCACUGGGUACUGCAGGUGUGCGGCAGGCUUUCUGGGUGAGUACUGCCACCAUAAGGACCCGUGUCAACCUGGCUACUGCCUGAAUGGAGGGAACUGCUCUGUGUCCAUGUCCACCGGUGUCCCUGUACCAGGCAGCGCCACCUGCACCUGCCCUCUUGGCUACACCGGACAGCACUGCCAAACUCCCCAGAACUCCACGUGUUACCCCAACAACCCCUGUGCCAACAGAGGAGUCUGCACCCUGCUGUCCCUCGACAACUACAAAUGCGAGUGUGCCAGAGGAUGGGCAGGGCCACGGUGUGAGCACGAGGACAGCUGUCUGUCUAGUCCCUGUGCCAACGGUGGAACAUGCAGCUCUUCUUCUGGUGGUAGCUACACAUGUUCAUGUCCUCCUGGCUACACAGGUCCUCGCUGCCUUAAUGACACAAAUGAAUGUGCUGCCACACCCUCCAUAUGCCAGAAUGAAGGAAUAUGCGUCAACAACCCUGGCUCUUACAAGUGUACCUGUACCCCGGGGUUCACUGGCAAACACUGUGAAAGCUCAUACAUCCCUUGCUCACCUUCACCGUGUCAAAAUGGAGGCACCUGCCACCAGAGCUCUGAAACCAGCUACUCAUGUCACUGCCUCCCAGGUUUCAACGGGACCAACUGCGAGAACAACAUCGAUGACUGCCCCGGUCAUCAGUGUGCCAAUGGAGGAACCUGUAUGGAUGGAGUCAACACCUACAAUUGCCAGUGUCCUCCAGAGUGGACUGGUCAGCACUGUACAGAAGAUGUAAAUGAGUGUCGCCUGCAGCCAAACACUUGCCAGAACGGAGGUACCUGCAGCAACCUGAUCGGCGGCUAUGUCUGCGUGUGCGUUAAUGGCUGGAGUGGACCCGACUGCUCUGAAAACAUCGACGACUGUGCUACAUCGAUGUGCAGCGAAGGCUCCACAUGCAUUGACCGCGUGGCCUCCUUCGUCUGUCACUGCCCCCACGGAAAGACGGGCUUGCUCUGUCAUAGAGAUGAUGCCUGUAUCAGUAACCCCUGUAGAGAGGGCUCCCAGUGUGACACCAACCCCAUCAAUGGCAUGUUCAACUGUAACUGUCCACCUGGAUACAUAGGCAGCACCUGCAACAUUGACAGAGACGAAUGCAGCAUUGGUACCAACCCUUGCGAGCAUGGUGGUCAGUGUGUGAACACUGAUGGCUCCUUCACAUGUAACUGUGUCAGGGGUUAUGCUGGGCCGCGCUGCGAACAAGAUGUCAACGAGUGUGCUUCAUCCCCCUGCCAGAACGACGGAACAUGUCUGGAUCGCAUUGGGGACUACACCUGCAUCUGCAUGCCCGGAUUCGAGGGGACUCAUUGUGAGAUAGAGGUGAAUGAGUGCAUGAGCUCCCCCUGCCUGAACCAGGGUAAAUGUCUGGACCACGUCAGCCGCUUUGUCUGCGAGUGCCCGGCAGGCUUCAGCGGUGAAAUGUGCCAGAUAGACAUCGAUGAGUGUUCCAGCACACCCUGUUUAAAUGGGGCCAAGUGUAUCGACCGACCCAACGGAUAUGAUUGUGAAUGUGCUGAAGGGUUCACGGGUCUACUCUGUGAGGAGAACAUCAAUGACUGCGUACCUGAGCCAUGCCACCACGGUGUGUGUAAAGAUGGCAUUGCCACCUUCUCCUGUGAGUGCUAUCCGGGAUACACAGGCUCCAUCUGUAAUAUCCAGGUUCAGGAGUGCCACAGCAACCCUUGUCAGAACCGAGGACGCUGCAUUGACCUGGUCAACGCCUACCAGUGUAACUGCCCACAGGGAACCACAGGGGUGAACUGCGAGAACAAUGAAGAUGACUGUGCCAGCAACCCCUGUGAGUACGGAGAGUGCCAGGACGGCAUUAACGAGUACAAAUGCGUGUGCGCUCCAGGAUAUACAGGAGUUAAAUGUGAUGUGGAGAUCAACGAGUGUAACUCAAACCCAUGUAUGAGUGGAGGAACUUGCGUGAACAAGGUCAACGGGUUCCACUGCCUGUGCCCACCGAGCACCCAUGGCCCUCUGUGCCUCUCCGGGACGGACCACUGUGCUCCUCAGCCUUGUGUGCACGGAGAAUGUAUUGAACAGCAACACGGGUUCCACUGUGACUGUGAAGCUGGCUGGGUGGGGCAAUACUGUGAGCAGGAAAAGGAUGAGUGCCAGCCCAGUCCAUGCCAAAACGGCGGCACCUGUGUGGAUCGUCACAAUGGCUACACCUGUCAGUGCCAUCCUGGAUUCAGAGGUGUAAACUGUGAGAAGAACAUAGAUGAAUGUGCAUCUGGGCCCUGUCUGCACCAAGGCAUUUGUAUAGAUGGAGUCAACAGUUACACCUGCCAGUGUAGUCCACCGUUCACAGGUAAACACUGUGAGGUGGAACAGGUUCCCUGCGCCUCUCAUCCAUGUGAGAGUGGCGGAGUGUGUCGUCCAUCUGCAGACUACACCUCUUACACCUGUCGAUGUCCCGCUGGCUGGCAAGGUAUGCGCUGCACCGAGGACGUGAACGAAUGCAAAAAGAACCCUUGCAAAAAUGGCGGUAAUUGCAUAAACAGCCAGGGCAGCUACAGGUGUAUAUGUCGACCUGGAUACAGCGGACACAACUGUCAGAUCGAUAUCGACGACUGUUCACCCAACCCGUGUUUGAAUGGAGGCUCUUGUGUGGACGACGUUGGGAGCUUCUCCUGCGACUGCCGCGCAGGUUUCGAAGGGGAGCGCUGCGAGGCCGAGGUAGACGAGUGCGCCAGCCAGCCAUGCAGGAACGGUGCCGUGUGCCAGGACUACGUCAACAGCUUUGUGUGCGAGUGCCGAGCGGGCUUCGACGGAAUCCUGUGUGAACGCAACAUCCUUGAAUGCACUGAGAGCUCCUGUCUGAAUAAUGGGACUUGUAUUGAUGACAUCAACACCUUCUCUUGCCGAUGCCGUCCUGGUUUUUACGGGACGUUCUGUGAGUACGAGAAAAAUGAGUGUGACUCUCAGCCCUGUAAGAAUGGAGGCACCUGCACUGAUGGCCUGGGCACCUACCGCUGCACCUGCCCUGUAGGGUACAACGGACAGAACUGCCAGAACUAUGUGAACCUGUGCAGCCAGGUGCGCUGUCACAACAGCGGCGUCUGCUCUCAAACAGCAGCAACCUCCUGGACCUGCCACUGCUCAGUGGGAUGGACGGGACUUUACUGUGACGUCCCAAAUAUGUCAUGUCAGGACUUUGCGGCAAGGAAUGGUAUGGAAGUGGAAAGUGUGUGUAAGAACGCCGGGCGGUGCAAGAAUGUGGGUAACUCACACAAAUGCGAGUGCCAGCCAGGAUACACGGGCAGCUACUGUGAAGACAUGGUGGAUGAGUGCAAGUCAAACCCAUGUCGCAAUGGAGCUACAUGCAAGGACUACCAGGGCACCUACGAGUGUAUAUGUAAACCGGGCUACCAGGGGGUGAACUGUGAGUAUGAUGUUGAUGAAUGCCACUCUAAGCCCUGCAUGCACGGAGGAACCUGUAUCAACCUCAUCAACCGAUUCAACUGUGUCUGCCCACCUGGAACAUAUGGCCUCCAGUGUGAAGGGAACGUGGAUGACUGUGCCCCGAAGCAAGGCUCCUGGGAACCUCGCUGUCUGAAUGGAGGACAGUGUGUGGAUGGUGUGGGCCGUUACACGUGCUCCUGCCCCCCAGGAUUUGUUGGAGAACACUGUGAGGGGGAUCUCAACGAAUGCCUAUCUGGGCCCUGCCACUCCCCCGGAAGCCUCGACUGUGUGCAGCUGGUCAACGAUUACCAGUGUCGCUGUCGCCUUGGAUACACUGGUCGUCACUGCGAGUCCAUGGUGAAUCUGUGUCUGUCUGAGCCGUGCCACAACAGUGGUGUCUGCUCUAUGAACAUGAGCUCAGUACAUGGCUACAUCUGCUCCUGUUUACCUGGUUUUACCGGGUUCAACUGUGGUGAAAUAGAAGGCUACAGUUGUGCAAAGCUACGAUGCCAGAAUAAUGGGCGAUGUGUUGAGUCCCAAGCCGGCCGCCUGUACUGCCAGUGCCAGCCAGGCUUUAGCGGGCCACACUGUGAGAAUGACCAGAGGUGUCCGUUCACAUGCCAGAACGGAGGAACCUGCAUCAAAGACCCAUCCAGGCCAAACCAGCACAGCUGCCGCUGUCCCAUGCACUUCACCGGACAAUACUGUCAGAUCGAACAAAGAACAAGCCCAAAAACCCCGACCUGCCCCUAUCUGCAGUGCGAGCGGCAUUCAGGGGACAGAGUGUGUGAUGAUCAGUGUAACAACCACGAAUGUCAGUGGGACGGAGGAGACUGCUCGCUCAACUGGCAGCAGCCAUGGGUUAACUGCACUGCCAGUGUUCCUUGCUGGGAUUUGUUUAAGAAUGGAAAGUGUGAUAAGGAGUGUGACAACCCAGGGUGCCUCUUUGACAGCUUUGAGUGCCAGGAGAAGGAGGAGUGCACUUAUGACAGGUACUGUGCUGACCACUACGCUAACGGCAACUGUGACCCAAGCUGCAACAAAGAGGCCUGUGGCUGGGAUGGCCUGGACUGUUCUGCUGAGACUCCCCAAGUGGUGGAUGGCACACUGAUUCUCGUGGUCAGGCUGCAGCCUAAGGAGCUGCUUGGUGACAUGAGGGGUUUCUUGCGCGCCCUGGGAGCCCUGCUGCGCACCAACCUGCGGGUGAAGCUGGAUAAAAAUAAUGAGCCAAUGAUAUUCCCUUGGGUGGAGGAGGAGCAUGGACGACAGAGAACCAGAAGCAAGCGGGAGCUAGAGAGGGAGGUUAUUGGAUCUGUGGUUCACCUGGAAAUCGAUAAUCGCAAAUGUUCCGAGAACUCCGACGACUGUUUCUCCAACACUAAUGAGGCCGCGUCCUUCCUCGCAGCAGCGCACAUCAAGGCUGAACUGCCGUACCCUCUGGUGGAUGUUAAGAGUGACCCGACCGUUUCACCUGGGCCAUCAGUUCCGAUGAUUCUAGUCGGAGUGGCAGUGGUCAUUAUUCUGCUCAUCCUGGUGCUCGGGAUGCUAGCAGCCAAGAGGAAACAUAAACAUGGUUUUCUGUGGCUGCCCGAUGGCUUCUUAGCCAAUAAAAAUGACAAGAGGAGAGAGCCUGUUGGACAGGAUGACUUCGAUAUGAAGAAUUUCAAGACUCAGGAUGGAGCCAUGAUUGAUGGAGGUCAGAGUCAGAGAUGGCUGGAAGAUGAGGUCUCGUCCAAGAAACCAAGAACCGAAGACAAACCGUUGCUGCCCAUCGCCAUGGAUGGAGGAGUUGACCGAAGGGAGUGGACCCUGCAGCAUCGCAAGGCCGCUGACAUCACCCUCACUCCCCCUCAAGCCGACCUAGAUACUGACUGUCUGGAUGUCAACGUCAAGGGACCAGAUGGCUUUACCCCGCUGAUGUUGGCGUCGCUGCGUAAUGGUGGAGGCCCAGACUGCAGCCUGCACGGAGAAGAGGAGGAAGACAGCGGAGGAGAGGAACCAGGACCGAGUGUCAUUUCGGACCUGAUCACUCAGGGUGCUUCUUUGAUGGCUCAGACUGACCGUACAGGAGAAACAGCACUCCACCUGGCUGCCCGCUACGCCAGGGCUGAUGCUGCUAAGAGACUACUGGACGCUGGAGCUGACCCCAACGCCCAUGACAACAUGGGCAGAACUCCGCUGCAUGCUGCCGUGGCGGCUGAUGCCCAGGGAGUCUUCCAGAUCCUGAUCCGUAACCGUGCAACAGAACUGGAUUCCCGCAUGAAUGAUGGCACCACUCCACUGAUCCUGGCAGCCAGGCUAGCAGUGGAGGGCAUGGUGGAAGAGCUGAUCCACUGCCACGCUGACAUCAACGCUGUAGACGACCAUGGCAAAUCUGCUCUGCACUGGGCGGCUGCAGUUAAUAACGUGGAGGCAACUCUUGUUCUUCUGAAGAAUGGAGCCAACCGUGACAUGCAAGACAACAAGGAGGAGACGCCGCUGUUUCUUGCAGCAAGAGAAGGAAGCUUCGAGGCGGCUCAGGUUCUCCUUGACCACUACUCCAACCGUGACAUCACCGAUCACCUGGAUCGGCUGCCCCGCGACACUGCGCAGGAGCGCAUGCAUCACGAUAUAGUGCGUCUGCUGGACCAGUACAAUUUGGUUCACAGUCCACACAAUGGGCCUAAUCACAUGGGGGGAGGAGGGAACUCCGUUAUGUGCGGGGCCAACGGAGCGGGUUUCAUUGGCAUGCGACCCGGGCCGCAAGGGAAGAAGAGCAGGAGAGGCGGAGGUGGAGCGAAGGUGGGAGGUGUUGGCGGGGGAGCUAAGGAGCUGAAAGACAUGAAGGCGAAGAGAAGAAAGAAGCCUGCUGGAGGUGACACGUCGGGGGUGGUUGCUGGAGUGGGAGGAGGAAGUACAGGAGGUGCAGGAGGAGGGAGCGCGAACGGCGUGAAGGCAGCAGGACUUCCAGAGAGCUCCGUCACCAUGUCACCAGUUGACUCUCUGGAAUCGCCGCACUCGUACACAGGCGACGUGUCUGGCACCGUCUCCACCACGGCGAACUCGCCUCCGCUCCUCACAAGCCCGACCUCCAGGCCAAUGCUGCCCCCUGUCAGCCACAUGCUGGGACAGCAGCAGGGCUGGGUCGGCAUGACGAAGCACGGUUACAGCGGCCACAUGUUCGGCCUUGUACAGCACCAGAUGGGUGGAUCUCACCCUGGCAUGGGCCAACACCACAGCCAGGGCCCGAUGCUGACUCCCAUGAACGUCACCAUGAGCAGAGAGCAGCUGCCACCCAUUGUCACGUUCCAGAUGAUGGCGCCCGGAGGAGGCCAGGCCAUGCUGAAGCAAUCUCAGCCUGGGCAGGUACAGGUCACACAGUCCCAGGGGCAGAACCAGAAUCAGAGUCACUCCCAGCAGGGGCCGGGCCACCUCCACUGCUCCCAGAGUAUGAUGUACCAGAUGCCUGAGCAGAUGAGCAUGCCGCAUGGGCUCUCCCACACCCUGCAGCACGCCCACACCAUCAGCCACGGAGGCCACGGAGGGAUCGAGAACCAGUCUCGGCCGCUACCUUCUUAUCCACCCAUGCAGAGCCCCGUAGAUAAGUACCCCACACCGCCCUCCCAGCACAGUUACACCACCGCCGGCUCAGAGGGCACCACCCCCGGCCACUCUGCCCACCCACCCAGUGAGCACCCGUAUCUCACCCCUUCGCCCGAGUCCCCGGACCCUUGGUCGUCCUCUUCGCCACACUCCAACUCGGACUGGUCUGACGUCACCACCAGCCCCACCCCUCUGGGGAACCCCCACCACGCACUGCCGUCUUCACACCACACACACAUUCCAGAGCAGGCGCAGCUGCAGCCGCAGUCGCAAUCGCAACAGAUGCAGCAGGCCUCUCAACAGCCUCCGCUCGGAAACAUGCAGGUGUUUGCAUAAAGCCGGCCAGAGGGAAGCGUGAACAGACUGACUUUGGGGUUCUGUGUAGUUUUAUAACAACACGUACGAUGCUUUUCUGACUUCUCUCGUUAAUUCUCUUUGUUCGUUCUUCAUUAUGAUAAUCGGUCACCUCCCGUUUUUACAUUUUCUUCUCCUCUUUGCACUUAAGAAAACUGUGUGUAUAGUUUCUAAAACGUUGUUGAGUAUUAUCAGCCAGAAAGCAAAUGUUCUCAAUACCAAAAAAAAUAAAAUAGCGUGGCGUUAGCUGUCUGUCAUAAAUCAGUUUUCCACGUUAAGUGCCUUCGAUCCCAGCUGAGCGCGCUCCGCUGUCUUGUCAGACUGACUUUUUUUUUUCUCUUCGGCCUUUGGCACCCAAACACAAACUGUUUAUUGAGGGAUCAUCGAGGAACUGCUGACCAGAUGGCGGCCAGCUGGUAUUGCAUCAGAAAAACAGACUGUUGAGAUGGACACUGAGACGGGGCGGAGGACGCUCUGCGUUGGAGGACAUUGUCAUUUUUGUUCUGCUAUAUGCUAUCCUUAUUUUUUGUUUAAUGUAAUAAACCUGCCAAUACUAACUCCUCAUUGAAACCAUUCACCCUAUUAUUUUUAUAUACGAUGGGUCACAUUCAGUCGAUGCUUUAUCUCAGCAAAACUACCUAGUUGUUGCCUUGUUUUUUUUACUCAUGCAUUUUUUUUUUAUGUGUUAAAGGGGGAAUUUGAUAAAAAUGCUGUUGCAUGACUAAAAAGACAAACACCAAGAAAAUGACAGAUUAUAUAGAAAUGCUCACAGAUGCAUCUACACUCUACACUUUAGGGCGUUUCUCUGUCAGUAAAUGCAGUAAAUAAAUUCACCUGCACAGUGUAUCGCCCGUGUCCUGUUACAAAAAGAGUUGAUUCGAGAAUCGGAUGUUCGUUUUAGAUGCAGUUACAUGGUGUUUCUCGCCACAGACGGCGCCACUAUACUUCACGUGUCGUUGAGGGAUUCAUUCAGAAGCUUGACUAACUUUAUGCAAAUACAUACAUAAGUUUUUAGUAUGUUGUAUGAUGAAAUGUACAUAGACUUACAGCACAUUCUGCUUGUUAUCACUGAGCUCGAUUCGGCACAGACGUGUCGACUUUUUAAGAAAAAUUUCUGCGUCUGUUUUUUAUAUGAAUUCUGUUCGCACUUCUUGAAUGAUUCUGAAUGUUAGAGUUGCGUGGUUUUACCUUUUAAACCGCCUCUUUCUAAGCGUUUUUCUCUCUUCCAAAAUCAUUUAACCAGUUUUGCCUUUUUGCUUAACUACAAUCAGUGUAUCUGUGCACCUUUUUUUUUUUUUUUUUUUUUAAGUCAUGAUUCAUAAACCAAGUCUGGAGGUGAGUGAGGUUUAAAGUAUUUCUUUUUUCGUCUUCCUUCUUAAAGUUGAUGUUGAUCAUAGCUUUGUGUGACUGCUCUGUAAACACAGACAAUCAUUCACUGUUUUAAUUUUGAAAACUUAAAAAAAAGUGUCUCUAAGACCAAAUUCAUUUUUAUUUUCUACCAAAAAAAUUUCACAUCUUGUCCACCUUUUGUCAGCUGUUGCCCUCGUUUUAAUUAGUGUUGUGGUUAGACACACAGGUCUGAUACCUGGUUUGAAUUACUACUGCAGUCUGUGAACAAACCAAAUCAUUCAUGUUUCUUCAAUAAUCCCUUUUUAUCUCUGUACUUGACGACGUCCCUGCAGUUUCACGAAACACAGACACUGUACAUUGAGGUGUCACGCAGCAUUUUUUUAUUAAAGAAUUGAGCAUGUCAGUUCCUGUUCAUAUGCAAGGCCAUGUGUCUAUGUUCUGUAUAUAAAAUGUUUUUGUUUUUUUAAAAUUGUACUUUCCUCUGUUAACCAAAUAGCCUAUAAUAUACAUGCCAUAUGAAGUAGUUGUCACCAUGUUUGUAUAAGGUAGAACUAAAACUGAUGAUGAAAUAUGUUUUGUCUGUUGCAAAAAAACCAAAUGAUCAACCAAAAUGUGCUUCCUGAAAUAAAGCCCAGAUCUUCAUAGA